AUGACUAGUCAGAGUGUGGGCAAGGACUGCACACCCGAGCUGGACCCACCAGUUAACCAAGAGCCAGUAAGAAAGGUCACACCUAAGUCUUCACCUGACCGAAAGGUGGAUUCAGCAGAUGAUCUGAAGAGUCCAGGUGACCAGGUUGUGAUACCAGGUCGAAGUUUCCAAGACAACCUUCCCCCUGAGGAUCAAAGCCAACCUAUCACCACUAAGGAAGGCAACACUAACCUGCAGAAUCUGUUCUUCCCUAAGAAACUCUGGACCAUAAUAAAUGACGAAACCUUUACAUCGGUGAACUGGAACCACAAUGGAGACAUGGUGGUUGUUAAAGAAAAUAUAUUCCAGAGGGAGAUCCUUAACCGGAGUGGAAAAGACAGGAUUUUUAAAACAGGAAGAAUGAAGAGUUUCAUUCGCCAGCUUAACCGAUAUGGGUUCAAACACAUUAACCCAGAGCACACUAUGACACAAUCUGAAGAAAAUAGAAUGUUGAUGUACCAAAACUUCAACUUUCAGAGAAACAAGCCAGAGCUCCUCAAGAAUAUUUCAAGAAGAGAUGAAAUCAGAAACUCGGUGAGCAAAUCAAAAACCCCACACACAAGUGCUAAUAAGCAAGAACCACGCUCAAAGAAAAUGAAAUUUGUACCUCCCAGACAUUCCAUAGGUUUACAUAAGGUGGAGGAAGAGGACAUGAAUUCCCAGCAGGAGGUGCCCAACCAUCAGGAACGUACAGGCAACCUUUCCUUUGUGUCUUCUUGCACAGGCAAAAAGAGAGAAACA